AAAAAAUGUUUUCCACUAUUCUUAGAAGUAGCGUAACUUGGAGCAAGACGCGUUACUUAAGAAAGCCUGCUUACAGAAAAAAGACAAGACAAUGAGAAGACAAUGAUUUUUUUAAAAAAAAUAUUAUCAGCUUAAGAAAUAAAUCUUAAAAGAAAUACAGAGAAAAUUCAAUAUGGCUGUAUGCAAUUGCAAUUUUAACGCAAAAGUGUGGUGACUCAUUUUAUCCCAAUGUAAGAUUGCUAUUUUACUGAACAAAGCCAUUUAAAUAAACUUUAUGAAAUCUGUAGUCUAAAUUGCUUCUAAGUUUUAUUAGCCAAUCACGUUUAGAGGAUAUGUAAACAUUGAAAGCAUUUAAAGAAAGUGUAAAAAAAUUAAAAAUAUGUGUUACAAAAGAUGGCUUAAAACAUCAGAAAUACAUGCGCCAUUGUGACGCCGUUGUAAUCAUGGCACAAUUAGUUUCAAGAAAACAUCUCUGAAAAUUUUCGUGUAUAGGUUCCUAUUUCUGACAUAAAUUUGAGCAAAUUCUCCGUUGAAAACGCAGAUAAUAGCUAUUGUUAAUGUUUUGAUUUGCUGAAUGUUUUUUAUUUAUUUCUUUAUUGAAUCUAUAAUUAGCGUGUAUUACUAUAAAAGUAGAAUAAUAAAUGUGAAAUGUUUUAUGUGAACAAGGAGUAUAAGAAGAAGAUUUUUUGAAGAGUGAUGUACUUAAGAUCUCGAAACAAACGAAGUUGGAAUGAAAAAUCAAAACAUGCAUUUUUGUUAAUACUUCCAGAACAUAUAAUAUAAUGUCUACAAGAUAAACUUAUUUUUUUUUUUGUUAACUCCUUCACAAAGACUGCAAUCGUAGAUUUUGUCAGCUACUGCAACUAAAUCAUCCAUAUGGCUUUAAAGAAAAUGUAUCUCCCCUUCAUUUAAACUUCCAUGGUCAUUAUAAUCUUUGUUUUUUAACUUUUUAUUUUUUAUGUUUCUCCAUUUGUGUGCAUAAUUGGGCAAUGUUAAGGUUUAAACAGGAGAACAAACAAUGAUGUAAAAACAAGAGAACACAUAAGCACCUGUUCUACAUGCAGUGACGAAAUGUUUAGAUAUCAAUUUGAAGGAGAUUUACAUUUUCGCAUCACUGUCACUGUCAGUGAGCAAAAAUCAGUUACCCUUUCAUUUGAACGGUUUUAGAUUAAAGUGUUCUUGCGUUUGAAUAAGAGCUUAAUAUUCUUAAAUUCUAAAAAACUAAAGUUAGCAGAGUUUUGGUUGGUUAUUACAAAAACAAAAUAUACGAUGAUUGACUUUGGGAGGGGAAUGGUUUUAACUUCCAGGCCGCCAGAUUACAAGCAUUGGGACCAGGGAAAAUUAUUAUGCGGAGAGCUGUGGCCAUAAAUUUGAUGAAAACCAAAAGGUACAUAAAAUUUCUUCCAAAUAAAUGGGUAAUUUUUAAAAGAUGCAUGUAUAACUCGUUUCAUCAAAAAACACAUUUUCCUUAUCAGUAAAGUAAAGUAAGAUAUUAAAAUAAAUAUGAAAUAAAGAUCUACCGAGAAAAUACGACCUCUGUCCGAAUAUAACUAUUUAUUACAUAUCCUUCAUCUUUGACAAUCUUUGACGACUCGAAACACAUUUAAAAUGUCGUAUUAAUAAUAGAAUCGCUCAUGCAUGUAAUUUACUCUGUAAAAUUUAAUAUUCGUGUCGACUAUAAGUAGAUCUAAUUUAUUUUCACUGUGUGCUUAAUUUGUUUUCGGAUCAACUGAGGCCACAACUUGUAACACUUUUAUUUAAAUCAGACUGGAGAGUAGAAAAAAAUCCAGCUUCCAAGCUUGUUUUCUAUUUAAUAAUAACUCCAUUUAAUACAAGGAUCAAAUAGGAUUGGAAAAUUGUGAUUUUUAAUUUUUGAUUCGCAGAUACGAUUUUGAGUUCUUACCUGUUUUAAUCCAAUUUAACUUUUUUUGUGAACUAAAAGGAAAACAAAUAGAGAGGAAAAAAAUAUUUAAGUAUGUUUCUAUAAUUUAAUUUUUUUCUAAGUGAAAUCCAGCUUUACAACGGACAGAAGAUUUUAAUUAAAACGUUAAUUUUUAAAGUUCAUAUCAUAGCAACAACCUAAUUCAACAAGGAACUCACUGCCUUAGCAACAAUGUCACGUAAAACGAUUCCCAAUUAAACGGUUAAUUAAAAUCCUCAUUUAUAUGACAACAAUAUAAGUGACCCUACGAAAUAUGGAAUAUAUAAUUGUUCUGGUUUUAUGCAAGCACUUUGUCUUUUGAACGCCGUAAUAACACACCAUUAGCAACGCUUUUGGAAUGAAACUCUAUAAUCACAUAUCGCUGUUGGUUUUCGAUUAGGAAAAAGGCCUUAUAUUGGUUUUAUGUAUUGUCGAGAUAUAAAUUACGCUAUAAAGUUCACAUAAAUGUUUGGGUUCUUGAAAAGAUUUUUACAAAACUCAAGGACGAUUGAAAAGCAUACAAUGUCAAAAAUGCAGGAAGAAUUGAUAAUAACAAAACAAGAACCUAAAAAAAGUGAUGUUGCGGUGCAAACUGAACAUUCUGGAUACAGAUUAUUUAUUUCAUCCGUCAUACAUGACGCCUUCUUGGAGAUCACUGACGUUGCAAGAAGAGCGCUAAAAAGAAUUGAAAUUCUUGAAGAAGAAAAUAAAAAAAUGAGAGAAAGAAAAUCUAGGUAUGAAGAAAAAAUACAAUAUAAAAAGAGUGAGGAUGAAAAGAGAAUUAAAGAUGAAGCUUCUUUUGAAACAGUCAACAUGCGACAUUCGUCUUCCCUAAAUUAUAAAGUUCUCAACAGAAGUUUUCUUGAAAAACCAUUCAAAUUUCAUUCACACAAAGACAAUAUACCUUUUUCCGGCAAAGCUGAAACAUUACCAAAAAUGCCUGAUUUAAUAAAAGUACCUGCUGAAUUCCGAAAGAGAACAUAUCCAUUUACGAGCGAAAGUUAUACAGGAAAACAUUUUAAAAAUAAUAUUACCAGAGAAGAAUCCGAAACAAUAAAGAAUGAGUGCGAUGAUAUGGAUUUAGAAGAACAAAUUGUGGAGAAAAAGUGUGCGCAGAACACAGAAAGUUCUGAGACUAUCCCAUUGACAGUUAAACAAGAGAAAAGAAAGAUUUCAACUUCAAUUUUUCUCCCCUCUGAGAUCAGCAAACUACAACAUUCUUUUACUGAGCGACAGAAGAGUCAACAAGAUAAUUUUUUUGGUUUACCCACACUUGUUGUCAUUGUAAUAAAGUCACAAGAUAGUGGCACAGACACCAUCGUCAAAUGGAAUUGCACAGAAUCAACAAAAGAUUUAGAAAGAUAUGUUUGGGAAUAUGUAUUACUUGCGUAUUUCCCAUCUGACUUAAAAAAUGAUCUUCCUGCUCCGCAAUCAAUACACUGGCAACGCAUCGGAUCAAUGCGAUCAUUGCAGUUACCUAUUGAGUGUACCAUAAAUAAAACAUUCGAUGUAAAAUGUUACUAUCUUUCAGUAGUAGCAAGAGAUCGGAAUAACCGAUUUGGAAAUAUCAGUAACGUUUGCUUAAUCAAAACUAAAUUAUAUUCCCAGCAAAUUUAAUGCAUGAUUUAUCCCUGUACAUAAAUAUUUAUUAGAAUCAAAAUUAGCUCUUAAAACAGUUUUAUCCCGAUUAUUUUAUUACAUUUCGCCAA